CGCGCGUUAAGAUAAGCGGAGUGGGGUUCUUGGCAUUGUUGGCGCUGCCGCCUGUCAUCGAUACCUACCUAAUUGACGACUUUCAUCAGUUUCCCUUGGCCAACGCUUAUUGCAUACCUCCAAGUAGCAUGGCUCCUUUAUGAUGCUGCUGAGGCUCUGGUAUCGGAUGCCAGCACUCUUGAUCUUGAUACUGGACGUCGGAAAGGACCACAGUGCGCGAUCGGGUUUCCUCUCCUUACAGCCCAGGCGUAUGUAUGUGCCUCGCAACAAUGCGAGUGGAGGUCUCAACAACCCCAGAAUCUGGAUUGACAAGCCCAGUACAUACAGGAAGGCUAGGAGCAACCCUCAAACAAAAAGUCUCUAUCUGACACCGCGGCAGAUCCGAGCCGACGGAGCAAAUUCCAAUCGGCUGCCAUCAUAGGGCCGUCUUGGCCAUGUCAAGUUCCCAUCGUCAACCCGAUCUUGAGGCCGUAGGAGAGUCUGUC